CUUCUACUUCCACUCCCUCUGGACAGCCCAAUGUUUGGCCUAUUAGACAUUUGUGUAAAAUUGUGCCAUAAUCAGUCAAUGGACCUUGAUCUUUGACCUACAACCACCAAAUUCUAAUCAAUUCACUCUUGAGUUCAAGUGGACAUUUGUGCCAAAAUUAAAGAAAUUCACUUGAGGUGUUCUUGAGAUACUCUGUUCACAAGAAUGAGACAGAUGCAAGGUUACAGUGACCUUUGACCACUACAAUCUAAUCAGUUCAUUGUCAAGUGGACAACUGUGCCAAAUUUGAAGCAAUUCCCACAACGCCUUGUUAAAAUCUCACAAGAAUGGGAUGGAUGGACAUACGUACAGAUGGGUGGGGAGACUAAAGUUGCCAAGCAGAAGACUGGUGGAGUCCUGUCUGUUUAAGAGUGUAAUACAUAAACAGAAAUGUAAUUUAUUUUGGGGUUUUCUUUAUCUCUUUCUAUGCUAUCAAAGCGCAUUUUUAUACAAGUACAUUUACCUGAAUGAAAUGUCUUUAAAGUGACAGUACUUUUCAAUUGAGUGUAUUCCAGUACUCUGAAAAUGUUUUCAAUAUUCAUGACUACGAUUUUAUUGAUACCAAUGCCAUUAUCAAUUCUGCUUAACGGUGUGAGUCUCCAUCGGUUCCCUCAUUGAUUCCUGAUCAAUUUUUUGUGUGGAAAAAAAGUGGGCCUACACAUCUCUGAGCCUAAACACACUCAUUUCCCCUACCUGUGCAGCAAGCGUGAGUAGGAGAGCCGAUGGGUGAUUCAAGUAACCUGAGAACGAGCUGUAACAACAGUCUGUCUGUCAUUGUAUACAAUGGAUGAAAUAAGAUAAUAUUUGUACAGUUUUCUCAGUCAGAAAUAGCCCUCGAAGCCUGCGUACACGGCAGUGAUGUUAUUAAAACAGGAUAUUUGUUUAUACUCGCGCAUUAGGCUAAGGCUAGCUAGCCUACAGUCCGUUGCAAUGGAUCGUUUUGUGAUCAAGAAAAAGUGGUAUGAGGAUUACAAAUGGCUGGAAUAUUCAUAUUAAUAAUGCAUAUGGAAUAAAUGCACUUGCUGUCGCAUUUUGGAUGUAUUGUCUAGUUAUUGGCAGGCACAUGGGUGCUGUCCGGUGCUGAAUCUGUCACCUUUGCACGUGAAACAUUUUUGCCAUUGCCUUGUGGUCACUUGUAUUAGGCUUAACUAUUUUGUUGGACAUUCUUUGGCCAAAUUCAGUUAAAACCACUUUUAUAUCCAACAUGCUUGUGCUGUGUAUCAUAGCUGCUUUUAUUGAAAAAACAAGAACCUCCUUAUAAAGUAACUGAAGUCAUGAAAAUCAAUUAUUUUCUUAGCACCCCCACGUAUCGGUCAAGCUCCCCCUUAGCCCCGGGAGAGAAAAAAUCCUGGUGCCAUGCCUGGUUCAUUGGUAUUGUCCAACAAAUGAUGGACAUGACUUUGCAGAAUUAUCAGCUAUGCUCUGCUCUCCUGCAUGCUUGUUCAGUAAUAGAGACAGUUGCUGUUCUAGCUAGGUUUGGGUCUGUGUAUUUUUCUUGGUCAUUACACAUCAGGUCACCUGUGCAGUGGUUACUGCCAAACAAUGGCUGAAGGUGUCAACAAUCAGUCAUGCAAAUCGAUCAAACGUAUAAAUGUGUCAGUUGCAAUGUUGUCUUUCAGGCAACUCCUGCAGUUGCCGAGGAAGCUCUUUGACUGCAGUUGUGAUUGAAGAAUCUUUACUGGCUUCAGAACUGAAAGGAUGGGAACACUUUUGGUUGCGGUGGGUCUGCUCUGCCUCUGUGGGGUCUCCAUGAGUUACGAUUCAUAUAGACAAGCGCUCCUGAGGGAUGUGGAUUUCCCAGGAUCAGACAUCAAACAUGUCACCUCUCCUGAUGCUGAGCACUGUCAGCUGCUUUGCACCCAGCACCCUACCUGUCGCUUCUUUACUUUUCUUCGUCCAGACUGGACCAGAGAUAACAGGCAGUUCUUCUGCUACCUCAAGGCCUCUCCCUCUGGACAGCCCAGAGUUCAGAAUGCACUGCACGGUCACACCUCUGGCUUUUCUCUGAAACCCUGCAACCCAGACCCAAAGCCCUGUCUGCAUGGGGUGUAUCAUCAUGUGGACUUCCCUGGGGCAGACUUCCGGACCUUGUUCACAGCAAACUAUGAGGAGUGUCAGAGAGAAUGCACACAUGAUCCUGCCUGUCAGUUUUUUACUUUUAUCAAAGGGAACUACCGAGAUGAAAGGACCAGGUACAAGUGCUACCUCAAAUUCAGCUGGACAGUGCCAAGGACACUUACGGUGUUGGUAAAGGCUGGUAUAGUAUCUGGAUUCUCCCAUAACCUACCAAUCAAUAGUGGGCACUAUACCACAGGUAAUCUAACACUCCUACCAAAGGUAGUAUUGAUUGGAGCAACAACCAGUGCGGGUUGUUGUCAUGCAUGCUUUCUCAUUGGACUGCUUGUUUUAUACAGCAUUCGCCUCUGCUACCACAAGAGAGUCAUCAUCUUACCUGCUCCUUCAAGAGUUAUCAAGUUGGCCAAUGUCGUGUCUGGCUUCUCCCUGAAGAACUGUCCCUAA